UAUUAACCUCUCUCUCUGCGAUUAAAGACCGAAACGUUUUUAAAUACCAUUUGAAUAAUUCAUUGAUUUUUUUAAGGAGAUCAGCAAGGAUGAAAUAUAUUCAGGUAAAAAAAAAAUCAAAACACAAGCCGUCGUGCAUGUACCUCUUUCCACUUCUCGGAUAUUAACUCUUACUGAAAAUGAAUAUUUCAUUUUUGGAAGGGCCAAAGCUUCACAGAAGAAUGACUGUGUACAUUUACAUUAAUUUUUUUUUCUUUAUGAAGGGGGAAUUUCCACCACUAGGCCCCUGGAGGUCACGCCACGCCUCGUGUCAGACUGACAGGUCUUUUUAAAGUGGUUGUCAGUCGAAAACGGCCGAGCGGAAAUUUUUCCAUUUUUUUUCUUUCUUUCUUGAUUGGUUGCCUUGAUGUGUGUUAGUGUAACCUAGAAGGUUAGGGAGGGUGUCACUCAGCCCCGGGACUGUCUUACUGUAAAAUGUUGCGUGUCUGUCCACGGUGGGCGCACGCACUCAGGGUUUGUGGCUGUCAAGUUGAUUUUAUCCUCCUUUAGUUACCCAACACGCUGACAAGCAGUCUGUCAGGUGUUUGUCUUCGGUCCAUACCGUCGCUGUGUCUGAAAAGUGAGAAUUAUUCGCAUUAGCGCCAACUUUUUCCCCCUCUCUCGCUCUCUCCGGAUCCGUGGCCGUCUAAUUUGCCGGCGCUCUCCUGUCUCUGUGACAGCGGCUUGUCACAAGAGCUGCAGGUUUUUUCGCUGAGUUUUGAACGAAGACAGCAAGAGAGACAGAGAGAGUCUACUUUUCCUUUUCCUCACCUCGCCUACUCCAUUUGCAUUCAGUUUCAUCACCUCAUCGUGUUUUUCCCCCCUCUGAGGGGAUUUUUUAUUUUUUUUUCAAAAUCUGACUUUUAUUGUCAAAGUCAUGGACAUGCUUCAGGAAUCCGAGGAAAAAUGUGUUCACUGCAACUGGAAAUGGAGGAAAUGGCAGCUCAAUCUCCACAUCAGCAACGUACUAAUGAGGAUGCUGGUCUGUGGGAUUUUCUUCGUAAGAGGGGUGUUCCUGAACAAAAUAUUGACCAAAUGCAACAAGACAGGAUUGAUACAUCAGUUGUCAGAGAACUAGAUGACACCUGCCUUGCACGCUACAUACCACUGUAUGGAGACAGGAUUGCUACAAGGCGGUACUGUCUGGACAAACAAAAACGAAAAGACGAUAGCUGCUCAAAGAUGUCCCUUCUUGAAAAACUGCGAAAGAAAAUGAGCACAGCAACAACAAGCCAUGAAGAGGAAACUACAGAAGAAAGAAGGCCUACAAAAAAAGCAAGCUAUAAAAGAAAUGCUACAAAGUCUUCGAGAAAAAUCGAGUUAGGGUGGCUCCAUGAGGGAAAGCAAGUCAGAAAACGCUGUGGCGGAGGAACAAGAAUUCUUGAUAUAUCCAAGGAUGCAACCAAGAAUGACCUUAUGUCUCAUGCCAAGGAACUUUUUUUUCCACAUGAGGUGAUUGUAGGUGGCAUAGAAGAUGCAUCAUCUGCAAGCCAGCUUGAUGACACUGUUCCAGUUGUUGCAUCCACAGAGGAAGUCAUUAAUGUUGGCCUUUCUACAUCCACUCCUGUUAAACAUACUGUCUGUUCAAGUGGUAAUGCAGACUAUGAGUUGCUCUCUGAAACCCAUCUGAUUGAGCCUUUUCAAGAUUUCUCUCCCACAGAAGAAGUCAUCAGUGUUGUCCCAUCCACGUCCACUCUUUUCGUAGAGGAUGGCAUUGCUCGUUCAAACUUUGGUACAAACUAUGAGCUACUUACAGUGGGUAUCAAACUUCACAGAGUAAAUCUAUUAGAGGAAAUGAUUUGUCAAUUCAAAGAUGAGUUGAUUCUUAACUACCCCUUAAAGUACAGCUUUAUUAAUGAAAAAGGCCAUGAUGCAGAUGGUGUGUCAAGGGAUGUCUAUGCUGCAUUUUGGACAGAAUUUCUAGAUUGUGCAGCUGAGGGGGCAGAAAUGAGAGUGCCAUCUCUGUCACCAAAAUGGCAAGAGGAUGAAUGGAAAGCUGUGGGAAGAAUAUUAGCCAAGGGUUUUCUAGAUCAAGGCUACUUCCCAUUGCGGGUUGCCCCAGCAUUUACCACUGCACUGAUAUUCGGAGAACAUGCUGUAUCUACUGAUUUACUGUAUCAGUCAUUGCUGUUGUAUCUGAGUCAGUGUGAGAGAGAUCUCAUAACUACUGCUUUACAGCAGGACCUUGACAGUGAUGGUCAGGAUGAGUUAUUAGAUCUGCUGGAUCGAUUGGGAGUAAAAACAGUCCCAUCACAAGAUAACCUUAAAGCAGUCCUUAUUCAAGUAGCACACAAACAAAUAAUUCAGCAACCAAAAUAUGCUCUCGAUAACAUGUCAGUAGUUGCAGCCCAACCCCUGAUGACCACACUAACCACACCAGCAAAGAUAUGGACCAUGUAUGAUGACAAGAAACCAACUCCCAGAAAAGUCUUAAAGCUGAUUGAAGCAAAUCCAACAACACCAGCUGAGAACCAAGCCUUUAAAUUUCAGUACAUACGUGGAUUGGAUCAGGUGGGUCUUAGAAGAAUGCUGAGAUUUGUGACAGGGUCAGAUGUCAUCUGUGUUACAGAAAUUAGAGUUGUGUUUACAACUUUGGAUGGACUUGCACGUCGACCAGUUGCACACACCUGUGGAUCUGUUUUGGAGUUACCUUGUACAUACAACUCCUACCCAGAGCUACGUGUUGAAAUGGAGAAUGUACUGACCAGCAGCUACUACACUAUGGAUAUUGUGUAG